AUGUACUUCCGAUUCCUCCUCCUCGCUCUCCUCUUCAGCUCAGCCCAGGCUAAAAUGGGCGCCGCCUGUCUUCAAGUCGUCGUCGCACUGGUCGGUCGACCCAGUGAGCUCUUCCAACAAUUCCAAACAGAGAUCUGUGACAAAGGAUGUCAACCGACAGUACCACACUGGGAUCUCUGGACACGCAAUCACACGUUUGUGCCUGCCGUGCGCGCCAUGAUGCGACGGGUGGAUUCGCCACAACAGGAGGAGGAAAUGGUGAAGCUGGGCGACGACGUGGCGGACAUCAUCAAGAAACGUUGCGGGCCGAUGCUCCAGGGACGUGACAUCUGUUCGGACGACGAGACACUGGCGGCAUUUGGCAACUGCUUCAAGAAACAGUUCUUCCGGGCAGCGUUGGUGCAUCUGCCUCGAUUGCUGCCGAUGGCAUCGGACGAGGUGUGUGGCGAACAAUAUCGCUAUCUUCAGACAGACGAGCUGUGGCAGGAGAUUAUUCCGGGGAAUAUGCGAGAGUAUGCGCAGCCUCUCGUCCCUCCUUCUCCUAGUUCUCUGGGCAAACCCAUCCCCGCAAAAUCCUAUACACGCACUCGUUGGUGGCUGCGUCGCCUGGCAUACCUGUCGCUGGCCACCGGCGUUGUCUACGCUGUCGACACCGCGUUCUACGAACAGUGUCUGACCCGCACCGCGCGCACCUUCGGCCUCGGACUGGUCGUCGCUCUUGACUACAAGAUCAAUUUUCGCCCCGAUCCCCCCUUAGCUGAGUCCAUCAAUGCUCUACACACGCGCAGUGCUGAGCGGCUGUCGGACCUGCUGCGGCACAAUGGUGGCCUAUACCUGAAGAUGGGCCAGGCGAUGGCCAUGCAGUCGGCCAUCCUGCCACCCGAGUUCCAGCGUAUGUUCUCCCGCAUGUUCGACGAUGCACCGCAGAACGACUGGAAGGACGUCGAACGCGUCAUCUGCGAGGAUUUCGGUUGUCCCGUCGAGGAGGUGUUUGGCGUCUCGUUCGCUGGGGACCCCACCAAAGGCGUCAUGGAGCGUCAGGCGCGUGCCAGCGCCAGCGUGGCUCAGGUGCAUUGGGCUCGACUAGCGGACGGUCGCGAGGUGGCUAUCAAGAUCCAGAAGAGGGAGAUUGCGCGACAAAUCCAAUGGGACCUAUGGGCAUUUAAAGUCGUUACCUGGAUCUACAGCCGUGUGUUCGAUAUCCCCUUUUACUCCCUUGUACCCUAUAUCAGCGAACGAUUAUUCCUCGAAACCGACUUUGAAAAUGAAGCCAAAAACUCAGAAGAUAUGGCCCGGCUCGUCGCCGGCGAGUCUCGUCUGCGCGGCCGCGUCUACAUACCGAAGGUCUACCACGAGCUUAGCUCCAAGCGCGUCCUGACCGCCGAAUGGGUGGAAGGCGUGCGACUCUGGGACAAGGAUGCCAUCACGCGGCCCUGGCGUGGCGGCUGGCGGCAGGGCACUCCAGGCUGCCGCGGCAUGCCGCUGGACUCAACAGACGGGGGAAAGUCAACCUCGCGCCAGGCACGUCCUCCGACGGCGACGACGACGACGCUCCUCAAACCGGAGCGCACACACUGGCGGGGGACGAACCAGCGGGGUGGACUGGGCCUCUCACUUAAGGAGGUGAUGACGACGAUGGUGGACCUGUUCUCGGCGCAGAUGUUCCUCUGGGGCUACGUGCAUUGCGACCCGCACCCGGGCAACAUUUUCGUGCGACGCACGCCGUCCGGGCAGGCAGAGAUCGUGCUCAUCGACCACGGGCUAUACAUCCACAUGAGCCCGGAAUUCCGACACCAGUACGCGCGGUUUUGGAAGGCGUUGCUGACAUUCGACAACACGACGCUGCGCGAGGUGGCCACGGCGUGGGGGGUGACCAAUGCGGACAUGUUCGCGUCGGCGACGCUGAUGCGGCCAUACCAGGGAGGUGACCGGUCGACGGCGACGCACCUGCAGGGCUUGUCGCAGGUGGAGCGACGACAUCGACAUUACGAGAUGCAGCAGGCGAUGCGACAAGGGAUGCGGCAGAUCCUCGGUGACGAGACCAAAUGGCCGCAAGAGCUCAUCUUCAUCGGCCGUAACCUGCGCAUUGUGCAGGCCAAUAACCAGUUCCUGGGCUCGCCGGUCAAUCGGGUUAAGAUCACGGGAAUGUGGGCGUCGCGCGCACUGGUCGAGUCACCAGAUCUACCGAUCAGCGAGAAGAUGCGCAACCUGGGACGCCAUGUGGUGUUCCGCCUGGUGUUGUUCACCAGCGAUGUGAUCUUCUGGGUCACCAAGUUGCGACAGUUCCUGCGUCUCGGGGGUGGCAUGGAGGAUGAAAUCGAGGCGCAGAUGCAGGGCAUGGCGCGCGAUAUGGGGAUGGAGUUGAGUGGGAAUGUUUUUGAGGGAUAG